GACAUUGGUGGGCAGACCAGAGGCCUCUCUGGGUCUGGCCCAAGCAACGACAGCCAGCCUGAUGAUGAGUCAAUUCCUUUCAAAACAUCAGAGAAGCGCACCACUGCGGACCCAGAAGGUAUGAAUCCCAGCAAGCUGUCCACCACCGAGCAUCAGAGCACACAGCCGAAGGACAAGGAGAAGGCCGACCUCUAUCAGCAUGUCACCAGUGAGGAGGCGCACGAUGAAGUCGCACUUGAUACAGCCACACAAGAGCAAGCACGGGCCACAAUGGAGAAUGCAGAGGAAGAAAGAAUGCCAGACCAACUAACGGAACAAGACCAAGAAGAAGCUAUGGAGGAAGAUCAUUCAGAAAAGCAUGCAGCCACACACCGAAAAGCAGCCGCUACAGAGGAGGCAGAAACAAUGGAGAAGUCAGGCACUGUUGUAGAGACUGCGUUUGUGGAACGAGGCCCUGAACCAAGCUUUCACACCAAUAUGGAUCUUGUUACAGGAGUAGAAAUGGAUGAGGAAGCACGCUUGUCUGCCGAAUGGGAAGUGGCCACCAUUCAACCGGGGUCAGAGACGUGGGCAGCCUGGGAGAAGGCAGAGCGUGAUGUUGCUCCACUGGUGCAGGAACUGUGCGAACAGCUGCGGCUUGUGCUAGAGCCAACCAAGGCGUCACGGCUUCGAGGCGACUUCAGGUCUGACAAGCGGCUUAGCAUGCGCCGCGUGAUUGCAUACUUGGCAAGCCAGCUCCGCAAAGAUAAGAUUUGGCUGCGGAUGGUGCAGCCUUCACAGAGACAGUACCGCGUGAUGCUUGCCAUCGAUGACUCACUCAGCAUGGGCCCCAGUGGGCCUCUUGCUCUGCAGUCGUUGGCACUCCUGGCACAGGCGCUAAGUUUUCUGGAGGCAGGGGAGCUGGGUGUGGUGAGCUUCGGAGAGCAAGUGCUAAUACUGCACUCGUUGGGCCAGCCAUGGACACGGCAGUCAGGUGCCACGGUGGCAGGGCUGUUGAACUUUAAGCAGACACGUACACGUGUAGCCCCUCUUCUGAUGGCGUAG